AACUCUUUAAACCAUCACAUUCACAUUCGAUAAUUCUUUAUGCGGAUAUAGCACAGACUUUAUAAGUUGAGAAGAUGGCGACUUCAGUCGUUGCAGGAACGCCGAUUGGAGGAACAGGGGUGGGAACAUUGCCAGGCACGGAAUCACCAGCGGAAUAUCGUUAUUUGUACCUACAGGAAAUAGCACAAAUGGUAAGUAUUUGCGGAGAAGGGAUGCACAUAAAGAACAACAGAUCACUGACAGCUUCUCCAAUUCGCAUCAAUAAAGAUGUUUGUGUUUGGUGAUAUUGUCGAUCCACAUCCUGAUGUGCUCAAAUUGGUAGAAGAUAUCGUACGCAAUCAAGUGAUCGAAAUGUUACUGCAAUCAAGGGCAUUGGCAACCCGAAGAUCAUCACGUUAUCUUUCUCCAGAAGACUUGCUAUUUUUGAUCAGAUAUGAUCGUGCAAAAGUGAACAGGUUGCGAACUUACCUAAGCUGGAAAGACGUUCGAAAGAAUGCAAAAGAUAGUGGUGAUGCAGGAGGAGCGGGAGCGGAUGUUGGAGAUGGAGCGGGUGGUGACGAUGGCGGAGGGAUGGAUAAUCCGAUCAGAUCAAGAAAGAUGAAAAUACGGCUACCAUGGGAAAUCUCUACCGUCUUUAGUGAAUAUUUGCACUCCGGUAUCGCAGCAACGGCAGCUGCCGCACAAGGUGAAGAUUACGAAGAAGAAGAUGAGGAUGACAUUGAAGCACAUCAAGAUAGUCUUCAAAGGCUAAAAGCGGCAGACGAAGCAACUCGUAAGAUGACAAGGGAUGAGUAUGUUCACUACUCUGAAUGCCGUCAAGCAAGUUUCACAUUUAGGAAAUCAAAGAAGUUUCGAGAAUUUAUCAAUGCGGGCGCUUACUUGGACGUUAAACCGAACGAUGAUAUUAUCGACGUUCUGGGUUUCUUAUCGUUUGAAGUCGUGCGGGAACUAUGUGUCGGAGCGGUUGCUAUCAAAGAAUCUUUCGAGGAAGAUGCAAAGAAGUUUAAACGAUUGAAUGAUGGCAGUCGAUCCCGCAAAGAUAUGAUCGAAAGCGGACAAGGGAUACCCGGAAAACAGAGGGACCAACAGGAUGAUGGGGAUGUUGAUGGGCCAGCGACAAAUGGUACGAUCACAGUAGAACGAAAUGGAUCCACCAGCACAACGUCAUCUCCGGAGAAGAAACGCAAAGAACUUUCAGAUUCCGCAACCACCAGUUCUGCAAACAGUUCACCGACUAAAAAGCAAAAACAAACUGAAAAGAGCGAAGAGGAGAUCUCAAGUGAAACACCAUGUGGAUUGUUCACAAUGCCUCCUGCUAAAUCUAGCCCACUGAUGACAAGUCAUGUUCGUGAAGCGUUCGCUAGACUGCAAAGGGAUCGAUCAAGCUUGUCGAUUGGAUCAGGUGGAAUGGCAGGCGGCUUGAAACGAACGCGAGUGUUUGUGAUCUGAUUAGCAGCUUUGUACCUCUUCUUCCUGGUUCUGGACACUUUCUACUGUAUUUCUAUCCACAUACAAAACAUACUAUAUCCGUUACUUAUCUCGAAAACAUGAUGAUAUUAGCAAG